AUGGAGGCGGAUAGGGAGCAACUUUCAGAUGAACUGGAGGCAAUUGAGGCCAUAUAUCCGGAAGCAAUUACGGAUAAAUUGCCCGACUCCAGCAUAAUCCACGUAAAAAUACCAUCACAUGAAUAUAUUACAGUGCAGAUAUCUUUCCCAGCCGCCUACCCGACAGAAAAACCACCUAAUGUACUGGAGGUAGCUGUGACACGUCAAACAGAAAUGGACCUUUUUGAGCCCAAGUACUUGAAGAAUCUGUUUCAAGAAGUUAUGGAUUCGGUGUUCCACCAAGGGGAAGUUUGCUUGUUUGACUUUUUUGUGGAACUGGAUGGUAUUUUAUACGUGGAGGACGUUGACACUAGUGUACAAGACCUGGGUACAAUAUCAAUGGACCAAUUGAUUCCAGACAAUCCAUUUGAAGGCUGGUAUGCAUCGGAACCUAUUUCGGACAGAGGAUCCACGUUUAUGGCCUUUGCUACACAUAUCAACUCCGAAGAAGAGGCAUUCCAAAAGUUUGACAUAAUCAAAACAGAUACUAAGAUGAGGAAGGCCAAUCAUAUUAUGAGUGCAUGGAGGAUCAAGGUUCCAGGUGAUAAUGGUAAGGAACUGAUCGUCCAAGAUUGCGAUGAUGAUGGUGAGGCGGCGGCUGGGUCUCGAAUGCUGCAUUUAGUUAACAUAAUGGACGUCUGGAAUGUCCUAGUUAUUGUGGCACGUUGGUUCGGUGGCACCCAUAUUGGCCCGGAUCGGUUCAAACAUAUUAACUCUACGGCAAGAGAGGCGAUUCUUAAAGCUGGGUUCGAAAGAAAAAAAUAA